GCGGCGAAUUGGUGCAUGCGAGCAUGUCGGGCAAGCGCAAUCAUACGUCAAAAACAACAGCAAAACUGGCAAAUAUCAAAUCGACAAUCGCGGACCUCACUUCUCGUGCCCUAAUUGUGUACGCGGUAAUUUACGUUCGGGUGGAAAAUCAGAUUGGGUGAUCGGUACCGAAUUUCUCGAAAUACCGUGGAAUUACAGGAAUUAAAGCAGCCAACAAUUUGCAUAUUGGCGAUAUUUUGUACUGUCAACUAAAACAAAACAGAAAAGACGAAACGUGUGUGGCAAUAAAAAUUGUCGCCCUCGUAGGUAAAAAACGACUGAAUAAGAAAAAGAAGUGUGUGGAGAGAAGAAAAAUUCGCGUUCGGCGUGAAAGGAAUUUCUGGCCAUUUCACGCUGGCUGGCGAAAAUCGUGGAUAAGCCGCCGCGUCGCUGUAAAAUCGAGAUACUUGCGGAGUUUUAUUUCCUGUGCGAUGCAUUGGAAAUAACGCGUGUUGAAUUUCUCCAUCCAAAAUCGGAAAUAAGACGGGUUGCGGUAAUUGCUCGACAUUUUCAUUGGCGCUCGCGAAAAGCGACGCGAUGCCAUUUCCAGUGAACGUACUCGCGGAGUUCUCGUCAUUGUCUUUUUCGUGGAGUAGUGAAAUGUUUUAAACGGAAUUCCGUGGAAAUAGGCAAAAAGACUUGCACUUGGUCCGCAGUGAUUUCGGGAGGCGGCCAGAAGGUUCUGUUUGGUGGGGGAAUACGGAGCCUGGCGCGCAACUACGACGCCAGGAAAACGGCGAUUUCUGGAGGUUCGCGUUGUUUCACGAAAUGCAAAUUAGUUCUGCUCGAAUUAAUAUGCGACCACAAUGUCCGAGAUGAAACGUGUUGCAUUCACGACAUUAGGCACUGACCUACCGUCAGUCAGGCGAUCUUCGAACGGGAAUUUUUCUGCAGCCGCCUUGUUCCAAGAUGACGAAGCAGCGAUGCUUCCACCCUCAACCGGAGGAACCACGGACGCGGCAUCGACUUCGGCCACCAGAGUGACGUCACAGGGCCACGGUCCUAAGACAUUUCGUUUGAAGCUGGAGCUGUUCGACCCGAACGUGGACACGUUUCCUGAAUUCAACUACUCGAAAUUGGUUCAUGUGGAGAAGAAAAAAUUAAAGAAGCUUUCCAAGUCGAAUGGAUUUUUAGAUCCCUUUGAAGAGAACGAUGAUGACGUCGCUCGAAUUGCCAAAGAAUUUGAAAAGAAAUACAGCGGUGGAUAUGCGAGUAAAGGACGGCGUAGCAAAAAAGAUGAUUACUAUGACAAAGGAGCUGGCUAUGAUGAAUCCGAUUCUUUCAUAGACAAUACAGAAGCGUACGAUGAAAUAAUCCCAGAAGAAGUUGAAACUGUAGGUGGGGGUUUUUAUAUUAAUUGCGGAGCUUUAGAAUUUACCCAUCUAGCUGAAGAUGAUAAAAUCAAAGCAACCAAGCCCAGGAAGCGAGCAUUGUCAUCUUCAUCUAGUAGUGAAGAUGAAGACGAAGGAAAGAAGAAGCAAGAAAAUGGAAAUGAAAAAGAAGCGGUAGAAGAGGCAAUCGAAGGUAAUACUUCACCUAAAGAAGCCACAACCAACGGGAAGGUUGGUAACGUAGAUAAAAGGCCAAAAAUAGCGGAAGAUGUCAUUGAUCAAUCUGCUAAAUUGGUACGAAAUCAGAAAGACAAAAAACCGGAAAAGGCAAGGACAAAAGAUGUCGACAGUGAAACAUAUUCUGAUUCAGGUACAGAAAAAGAAAAGGAGAAAGACAAAGAGAGAAUCGUAAAGACUAUUACGGUAAAGGAUAUGCUCAAAGCUAAUCGUGAUAACUUCCGUAAGAUGCAACAAGAAGAAGAUGGCUCGAAAGGACAUCAGGUAAAUGGCGGCAAAGUGUCCGAUUCAGAGGAUUCGUCAGGAACAACAACUGACAGUGAAGUCGAGACUGAGCCACCAGAUAAGAAACGGAGAAAAUCAGUAGACGGUGACGAAGGGGAAAAAAUGCGGACUUCUGAUGUCAAACUGCCAGAUGAUCUUUCAGAAGAUGUUCGUAAGGAUAUCGAAGAGUUGAAGUGUGUGGUCAAAGCAUCUAAUCAAACAGGAAAACCAUUGCACUUUACAGAUCAAAUGAUCGAGAUUUUUCUGAGGAUUGAUGAUGCUUGCAGUUGCCUUGAUAAAGGAGUUCGUAAUCAAAUUUUCGCUCAUCUUGAAUUUCAGUUGUCGCUAGCAAAAUACUAUUUCUUACGGAAAGCUCGAACCUUGCGUAUUAAACAGGAGAAGAAUAAAACGAAACGGGCCUAUUUGAAGCUGAAGAAAACUGUUGCAGAAGUCAUGCCGUCCAUAUUAUCCAGCUAUGAAGCAAGUUGUCGGAAAGUAGAAGAGAUGAGAACAAUCGCGUCACAAAAUAAUGUUGACCUUGCAGAUUUGCCAAAGUAUCCAAAGAAAAAGUUCAUCUGGAAUGAUACUAUAAGGAAUUUACUUUUUGAAUUGUAUCAAGUACGAUGGACUUCAUACCUUGUCCUGCGGACACGUAAAGAACCACUUAACGACUUCAUUACAAACUACUUGAAAGAGAAAGUCAUACCUAUCUGGCCUCAAGGUUGGAUGAAGUACGAAGAACUGAAAAAAGAGUUGGAAAAACGAAAGAAACCAAAAGACAAUAAAAAGUCUGAAGACGAGGAGGCAUCCUUGUCAAAAAGAAAUGUAGAAAUAGAUAAAUUGCCGUCAAUUCUUUCGAACAACAGUAAUGUGUCGAUUAUAUCCACAAAGGAUCUAGUUGUAACAAUCUCUACUAAAAGCGAUAAGAAAACAGAAGUGCCUCUUUCAAGUAGUGAUUCAUUGACCGUGACACCGAUUUUAUCAGAGCCCAGUAGUGGAAGCAGUAACAGACCGGGAAUUGUAAAUAAGACUGUUGACAGUGCACAUCAAAAAUCACAUAAACCAAGUUCGGUUCCAAACGCAUCUUUACUGAUAUCGUCAGCGUCAGGUCCCCGCAGCGUCAGCCCUUUAAACUUGCAUCAAGUCAGCGGCAACGUGAAGACAGGACAUGCCUCGCAGACAAAUCACAGCAGCAGUAAACACAGUAGCGAUAGUAAAAGUAAUAAUUUUCCUUCAAGUAGCUCAAGUAGUAAUAGUCAUAGCAACCAACCCGUCGCUAAGAAACAACAGCCAACGGCGACUUUGGAUUUGACAUCACCUGUAAAAAGAUCUACUGAUCACAGCAUCAACAGUAUAAUGUCAUCCAGGACAACGCCCUCGCCAACACAUCAUUCCAACAAUAACAGUAGUGCUUCGUCCGUAGGGAGCACGUCUCAGGCGACGUUGGCGCCAUCUAAAAGUUCCACCGGUUCGAGUAGUAGUUCUACAACACCUUCCGAUACUGCCAUAACGCAUGUUAUUACUGUAGAUAAUCUGAAAAAUACCUCAGAUAUAAUUAACACAUCAAAUAAAUUAAUCAGCAAUAAUAAUAGUGCUAACAGUAAUACAGGAGCUAAUUCCAAUUUUGCCGGUUCGUCAGGUUCUUCGACAACGAACGGAGCAAUUCGGAUACGAAGCGUCGCGAGUGUUAACAGUUGUUUGGAGAAAGAAAAAGAGCGCAGGAAGGAGUCAACAACAAACUCUGAUCACAUACGCCCAUCUAGUCGCGCCAGCAGCACUACAAUAGAAGACUUGAACGUGGGCAGCGAAAGUGACAGUGACGGUGUGGAGAUCGUUGGUGUCUUUCCUGUCUCCAAUAAGAAAAAGAAACAAUCACCACCAUGCUCAAUUUCGGCGCCUCCAGUAACGACUUCAACGGUGCCAGUAACGAUUCGUACAGGCAGCAAGCACAAGGAUAAAAAGCCAAGUAGUCAUACGAGCAGAAGUUCAUCGCCUAGCCUUGCAAAUAAUGCAGUUGCGCAAAACCUGAAGAAAGAGCACAGCGGAAAUAGCGGAGGGAAAACUUCAACUGUGAACAGUCGGUAUAAUGAUUUGGACCCUGUGAGCAAAGAACGGAGAAGCGGUUCCAGUGCUGACCUCAGCGCCACUACGGCAGCUGCCACAAAUAAUGAUAAAGAUAACGAAUUGGAUGUGUUUCAGAUCAUGCAAGCACUUAAAGAGCUAGAGGAAAUGCAACAAUCGAAUAUUCAUAUAUCAAGCAGCAAAUCACCUACCAAUAGCCGGCCAGGAGGAGGUAGUCAUGCGUCACCUAUAAAUUAUAUUUAAUUUAAAUUCAAUCAAUUGUGAAAAUGACACAACUAGUCAAGAUCCAAUUUUGCCCUUUUCCAAAGUUGUAUAUCAAAUUUUAUAUCCGUAAAUCUCUUUCGAAAAGAGGUGACUAAAUAAUUAUUAUGGGCUAGGUGAACAUUGUAUAGCAGAUAGACUAGUAGCUAUCUGAUUCUGAUGUAUAUUUUAUUAUACUGAUAAGCUAUAGAAAACAAUGUAGAGAUCUCACGAACCGAACAUUAAAUUUCCUUUUAAUUCCAGUCUUUCUCUUACAUUUCUUUUCCAAAGUAUAUUUUAUUCAAUAAAUUUGGCAUUCGAGAAUAAAUUCGUGAGGUUUGUAUGUUGUGAUAAGUUGUGUCAUUUUUUCAUGGUAAUCAACACAAGAAACAAUUCUCAGACAAAUAACAUUGGUUUUUUACUUAUACUUGAUUAUUCUAUUUUUGAUGUAGAGUUGGAAAAGCUAUGAGAACCACUAACGCAGUGGUGUACCUACAUCAAAACCGUAGUGUUGAGAAAAUUUGUUGAAGGUAUUCAAUAUGUUGUAAAACAUUUGUAAAAUCUAAUCGUUGAGUUUUAAUACAAAUUCAUUUACGUAUUGUGACGUUCACUAAUGCUUUUCUUUGUUUAAUGCUUCAGUUUUUUUUUUCAUUUCCGUUUAGUUUAUUUAUUUUAUCAAUUUUUGGCAUAAUGUUAUCCGAAUAAGAAAACAAAACACUUUGUAUAUUUAUAAAAAUAUUGACUUUGUAAAUUAGCUUUCUUUUUUAAAAAAAAACAAGAAGAUGCAAAAAAAUAGUAUAAAAUUUAGAGUAACAUAAUCUACAUAGCGAUAUAAAUGGAAAGAGUGAAUUAUCUUUUAAUAAAGUUCUAUAUUAUGUAU